UCCUCUUCCUUCUUUCCUUGUUUCAGCUUUAAAUCCAAUGCAAUUAAACCACGUAGCUUUGAUCGCCGGAGAGCAGCCCUGGGGCGCGCGUCGGUGUUUGGAGAGGCACUUUAAAGAGGAGGACGUUUGACCCUGGACAUAUGAGACCGGCCUGCUGCUCCAGCCCACGGCGUAAAGUCCCGAGUUCUCCUCGCAGGCCCACAUCAUACAGAGGAACGUUGGCGCACGCUGGCACCGAGGACGAAGAUGCUGUUGUGAAGAGCUUUUAGGUGAAGAUCUUCGUCUCUGCGUUUGAAGCUCUACCAGAGUUACUGAUCACGGUAACCCGCCUUCCCCGCCAGCGUGAGAGAUGCUCUAAGAUGAAUUUGAGGCUCCUGCAGGAUGGCGAGGGUUAGGCUCAAGAGCUGCGUCGUGGCGGCUGUGCUCGUCCUCCUCAUAUUUGUCAUUACGACUGCCUUGAAGUCCUUAAGACCGGCGGGUUCUGUCACCGGCAGUCCGUUCGGACUCGGACUUCUCCCUCACCUCAGUAAGAUGGACAAGAAGGAUGCGGAGACACAUGUUCCGGAGCAAGUGGUGGUCGCUGAAGUGCCCCCUGCAGGUGUGAACAGGAAGUCACCCGGAAUGGAGACCCCUGGUCUGGACGCCUCCCUGAAGAACCUUCCAGCCCCGAACUACAACCUGCACGCAUUCUACUACACCUGGUAUGGUAAUCCGCAGUUUGAUGGCAAGUACAUCCACUGGGACCACCCGGUCGUGCCGCACUGGGACCCCAAGGUGGACGCUGGCUACCCAAAAGGCCGGCACAGCCCCCCAGAGGACAUCGGCGCCAACUUCUACCCCGCGUUGGGCGCGUACUCCUCCAGAGACCCAUCAGUCGUCGAGGCGCACAUGUUGCAGCUGCGAACGGCCGCCGUCGGUGUCCUUGCCCUUUCCUGGUAUCCACCUGGCAUGAAGGAUGAUAACGGGGAGCCUACAGAUGACAUUGUCCCCUUGGUUCUCGAUUUGGCUCUCAAAUAUCAAUUGAAGGUUGUCUUUCACAUUGAGCCAUACAAAGGCAGAGAUGCACAGAGCAUGUUCACCAACAUCAAGUACAUUGUGGAGAAAUACGGCAAUCAUCCUGCGUUCUACCGCUACAAGUCAAGCAGCGGCGCUCCUCGCCCUCUGUUCUACAUCUACGAUUCCUAUCUCGUUGGCCCAGACGAAUGGGCCGGACUUCUGAAGGACACGGGCCACCACAGCGUCAGGAACACACCCUACGAUGGCCUCUUCGUUGCCCUCCUGGUGGAAGAGAAGCACAAGAAUGAUAUCCUGACCGCUGGCUUCGACGGCGUCUACACCUACUUUGCCACCAACGGCUUCACCUACGGCUCUUCGCACAGCAACUGGAGGUCCAUCAAAGGCUUCUGUGACCGGAACGAGCUGCUCUUCAUUCCCAGCGUGGGUCCAGGCUACAUGGACACCAGCAUCAGGCCCUGGAACGGCCAGAACACGCGUCACCGCAUCAACGGCAAGUACUACGAGACGGCCCUGGGCGCGGCGGUGGACGUCCGGGCCGACAUCAUCUCCAUCACGUCCUUCAACGAGUGGCACGAGGGCACCCAAAUCGAGAAAGCCAUACCGAAGACCGCAGGCAAAACCGUUUACCAGGACUACCUGCCGCACAAAUCGGACAUUUACCUGGAGGUCACGCGCAAGUGGAGUGACAUUUUCGUCAAGGAAAGGGAGAAAUGGCUCAUGUGAUCUACCUUAAGCACCAUAAACGGGACCAGUGUGAAUAAAAAUUGAAUAACAUAACUGAUAUUAAAAACUGUAGUGAGAUCUGGACUAUAUUUGUGUGGUCCAGAGUUUGCACCUCUGAUACUAAUAAUGUGAACUGUGACACUAUACAGUUAAUCUCUAUUAGUCCCUCUCUGUUGUGCCAACUGUGUUUAUUACAGUUUCUGCAGGAUGAGGGCUGUAUGAUCACAAUCAUUUAAAUAACUGAACGUAAUAAAUUCAAUCAUCUUGGUAGAACACUUGAGUAGCAGCAGCUUAUGCUACUUCAGUAAAUUAUUUCCUGCCAUAUAUUUCCUUGCAACCAUAAAUCCUUACCUGUAAUUCAGAGCCGUGUUGUCUGUUAGUACUUGCAUUUUUAUUUGUAGUUAGUAAACCGUUUUAACUGGUAUUGUACAAAUUUUAAAUGUGACAGCUUGAAUUAAAUUUGAUUAAAUAUCUUUUUCUUUUUGUUAUAACAGCUGUCACUGGUCCGCAAAUCAUAUAGUGAUGCUGUAACUGUGAGAAACACAGCUCCUCUGCAUGCAGGCACACAUUCAUUCAUUACUGCAGGUUCAUGUUGCUAUUUUCCGAGCGCUUCAGGUGGGGAAAUGCUUGAACAGAGGUCUCGUAAAUGUAAAAUCCAGUAUGGCUGAAUGUGUUUAAAAAAAAAACAAAAAAAAAAACACGUAGUUCACUUUUCAUUGGUGGCGUGUGAAACUGUUGUGACUUCUGGACCAGGGCCCUGUUAACAGGGGCAAUUUUCUCUAAUGUUUAUGUAUAAUAAAGGUGUAAAUUACUUAA